AUGCUCUGCCCCGUGGUCCUGUGCUGUCCCGUGUUGCCCGUACUUCCCCGUGCUUGCCCCGUGCCCGUGCCCGUGCUGUCUGCCCGUGUUCCAUGUGCUUCUGCUUGUGCUCUACCCGUGCUGUUUGUUCCCGUGCGUGCCCCACCUGUACCAUCCGCGCUGUCAGUGCCCGUGCUGCCCCGUUCUGCCCGUGCUACCCCGUGCUCCUGUGCUGCCCCCGUGUUCCCAUGCUGCCCCCGUGCUGCCCCCGUGCUGCCCCCAUGCUGCCCCCGUGCUCCCGUGCUGCCCCCGUGUUCCCAUGCUGCCCACGUGCUGCCCCCGUGCUCCCGUGCUGCCCCCGUGCUCCCGUGCUGCCCCGCUCUCCCCGUGCUGCCCCGUUCAGCCCUUGUGCUGCCUCGUUCUGCCUGUGCUGCCCCGUUGUCCCCGUGUUGCCCCGUUCUGCCCGUGUUGCCCCGUUCUGCCCGUGUUGCCCCGUUCAGCCCGUGUCCUGCCCCGUUCAGGCCGUGUCCUGCCCCGUUCUGCCCGUGUUGCCUCGUUCAGCCCUUCUCGCUCGUGCCCCACCCGGUCUGUGCUGCCCGGUCUCGUGCUGCCCGUCACCCCCGUGCGGCCCGUCCCGUACAGCACCUAGUUGCUACCCGAACCCGCUACCCGUACCCGUGCUCCUCGCACACCGUGCACCAGCUGCGGGGCGUUCAACUGCAGCCGAGAACCUGUUCCACCGUGGUGGUUCAGAUGCUGCUUGGUGGUUGCUGCUUGUCAGCUUCAGAGGGGGCCCCUUGCUGGUGUUCCCACGCCCUGUAA